GCUUCAUCUAAACAUCGCAAGACACUGCACAUAAUGCAGCAGACCAAGGAAGAUGGGUGAUCGUAAGAGGUUGACAGGAGGUUCCCAUCAAUCAAGACCCAGGAGAAAGAGGACAAAGAGAGAAUGGAAACCCUUGGAAGAUCGGAGUUGCACAGACAUUGCAUGGUUCUUUAUAUUUUUACUUUUCUGCGUUGGCAUGGGAGGCAUCUGUGGCUACACCAUCGUCACGGGGGCAGCCUCUCGGCUGAUAUCCGGAUAUGACAGCUAUGGGAACACCUGUGGCCAGAACAACGAACAGAUAGAGGGCAUCAGACUCAGCGGCCUGGAUCAGACUGACAAAAAAUAUGUCUUUUUCCUGGACCCCUGCAAUAUUGACAUUGUGCAGAGGAGAAUCAAGUCCAUGGCUCUGUGCGUGUCCCUCUGUCCGGAUCAGGAGCUGAAGACCUACGCAGACCUCAAGAGGUUCGCCAUGGUGAACGGGUCUGAACUCUGCUCUUAUGAGCUGGCUGCUCAUCGAUAUCCCAGCCUUCCAGAAAGGACAACUAAAUGCCCUAAACUUCCUGUGCCACCAAGUAAGUCUCUCCCAGUGUUCAACCGCUGCACCCCAGUGGACAUCUCCUGCUACACCAAGUUCGCCGAGGCCGUCAUCACCUUCGUCAACGACAACAGCGUGCUGCAUGGCCUCAUCGCCGGGGUGAUGGCCAGCAAGGAGAUCAUCCUGGGGCUGUGUCUGCUGGCACUUGUGCUCUCCAUGCUCCUGAUGGUCAUCAUCCGCUACAUCUCCGCCGUGCUGGUCUGGAUCCUCACCUUCCUUGUGGUCCUGGGAUCCCUCGGUGGCACAGGUGUACUGUGGUGGCUGUAUGUGGAUCAUAGGAUGAACUCAAAUGAAACUACCGUAGUUAAAGAAGAACAAGAAUCAUCCAGUGACAACACUCAAGCCCUCCUGGUCUACGCCAUUGCUGCCACUGUGUUCACGGUGAUCCUGCUGCUGCUGAUGCUCUUCAUGAGGAAACGUGUGGCGCUCACCAUCGCCCUGUUCCACGUGGCUGGGAAGGUGUUCAUCCACCUGCCCCUGCUGGUCUUCCAGCCCUUCUGGACCUUCCUGGCCCUCGUGCUCUUCUGGCUCUACUGGAUCAUGGUGCUGCUGUUCCUCGGCACCACUGGUAACCCGGUGCAGAACGAGACGGGACUGGUGGAGUUCCGCUUGACCGGGCCUCUCCAGUACAUGAGCUGGUACCAUGCGGUGGGUCUGAUAUGGAUCAGCGAGUUCAUCCUGGCCUGUCAGCAGAUGACCGUCGCCGGGGCGGUGGUCACCUACUACUUCACCAGAGACAAGUCCAGGCUGCCGCUGACCCCCAUCCUGUCGUCCGUGUUCCGCCUCGUCCGCUACCACCUGGGCACGGUGGCCAAAGGGGCCUUCAUCAUCACGCUGGUGAAGAUCCCCCGCUUCAUCCUGAUGUACAUCCACAACCAGCUCAAGGGGAAGGAAAACGCUUGCGCACGCUGCAUGCUGAACGCGUGCAUCUGCUGCUUGUGGUGUUUGGAGAAGUGCCUGAACUAUCUGAAUCAGAACGCCUACGCAGCGACCGCCAUCAACAGCACCAGUUUCUGCACCUCCGCCAGGGACGCCUUCGUGAUCCUGGUGGAGAACGCGCUGAGAGUGGCCGCCAUCAAUGCUGUGGGGGAUUUCGUUCUGUUCCUGGGGAAGGUGCUGAUCGUGUCCUGUACGGCCUUCGCCGGGGUGAUGGCGCUGAACUAUCAGAGGGACUACACGGUGUGGGUGCUGCCCCUCAUCAUAGUCUGUCUCUUUGCCUUCCUGGUGGCCCACUGCUUCCUCUCCAUCUUCGAGAUCGUGGUGGACGUCCUCUUCCUCUGCUUUGCCAUCGACACCAAAUACAACGACGGCAGUCCCGGCAAGGAGUUCUACAUGGACAAGGCCCUCAUGGAGUUCGUGGAGAACAGCAGGAAGUCGCUGCCGGAGCGGGGGCGGGCCCGGGCGGAGGAGGCAGACGACGCGGAGGCGAAGCCCAUGAAGUCAGCACAGGCGAUACCGUUUUCUGACGCGGAUAAUGACGUGUCAGACGAAAGCGUGUGUGACACGAGGCCCCUGACCCCGCCUGUCUGCCCUGGCGCUCAAAGGCAGAACUGUUACCGCUGAGGGGUACCGUUGCUCCCGUGGGGCAGCUGUAAGUUUUUAACCGUCUCCCACCUGCUGAGCUCAUUAUGGGUUCUCACUGGGUGGCACGGUGGUGCAGUGGAUUAGCACUGUGCUGGGUUUGAAUCCUGGACGGGGCCUUUCCGUGUGGGGUUUGCAUGUUCUCUGUGCGUGGGUUCCCUCCAGCAAUCCAAAGACAUGCAGGUUAGGCUAUUGGGGGAGCAUUCACGAGGGGCGCUGCUGCAAAAGAGCAUGUGCGCUCAGUCAACCUACCCUGUAUGAAUAACGGUUAACGAGUUGCGCCUGCGCAUAGGUCCUGCGUCUGGCUCCAGCACGUCAGCGCGAGAGCGCCGCGAGCUUUAGCCUUCCCGCCGCUAGGCACGGCGAUUCCCGACAGCACAGCGCGUCAGGCUUUCAUUCCAUUCCAUCUCCCCAGCCUGAAUUUUUACUUUGGGUCCAUCCCUCCUGCAUUUUGCAUGAUGUCCAGUUCCGUUGCUCGUUUUUUCCCCCUCAUCCCGCACCAUCACUAACGAGAGAGAGAGACGUCGUGUGCUAGUUGCAUGCAAGCUCGUCCCGAACUGCCAGGUGCUUGGAUUAAGACGUGAUCGCUUUUUUCCCCCCCAGGCCCCUGGACCCAGUUCAGCUUGACCAAAAUCACCUAUUGGGACGUUUUGUAGACAUUCCAAAUGUUUAUUUUUACCAAUGUGUAACAUGUUUACUAUGGUUUCACUCCAGGGAAUACAAUAUUUUAAUAAGAAACUGUAUAAUAACUCAACGUAAUGAAGCACUUUAUAUUGAAGCUCUGCGUAUUUUAACAGCUGAUGCAUUUUCGUAGUGAUGUCCUUUUUUAUACAAUUUAAAAAAAAGCUGUCCUUUAGUCAGACGCAGUACUAAAAUGUCUAGCAUCACUUUGGACUUGGUUAUUCAUCAUGUAUGUUGCCAUUAUCAUGUACAUUUUACCUUUGAUGCAAGAGUAACUCCCCGAAGCAAAGACCACUUAAUGUUUUUUAAGCCACCAUUGGAAAUACUAUACACUGUAAAUUAGCUUCUUUCUCCACAGUCUGUUGGCACUAUGGUACAAUAUUUGAUUCAUUUUAUACUUUUAAUUUGAAUGGGAGAUAUUGUACGCAGUGGCAUGUUUAUUUACUUUACAUCUCAGACUACACCGACAUUCUGCAGUGGCAGAAAUGUUCUUUUGUGCCGAAAUGCAGACAGGUUAAGGUGAUCCAGUUGAUUUGACUGUGGAUGUUGAAGGACAAGCAGCCGGUGCCAGAGUUCAGGGGAAGACUGCUGUACACAGAACAAUGAGAGGAGGGAGGUAGGCCGUCCUGGGACGGUGUCCAGAUCAACACCCUACCAGCACUGGGUCCACCAUCAGGUGGGUAUUGGGGGGUGGUCGGCACCCCCCGGUGAUGGGUCGAAUUCUGUUGAGACAGGGCAACCACUUCCUUAUAGAUGGCGUAACCCCGCCAGGCAAAUGAAUACGUCGCUGUAAGCUUAUGCAGUCCAUUGAAAGACCUGCAGAGUUGCAUUGGUUUCCUACAGUAGUCAAAUGAGCAGCCAUAUAUCUUUGUCAGUGACGUUGCGCUCUCUGGGCGCGUCACCAGGACUGGUAGGGGUGACCGGUAGGCCGCUCGGCAAGCAUCACAAUGAAAUAGUCUUCCUACUUGCACUAAAUUUCUCAAGACUGUACACGCGGUUUCUCAGACUCUUCAGUAGGAUGGAUCUCAGUGGAGGAGAAGCGAGGGGUACACACAGUCUCGCACUUUGCCUUAACCGGUUCAGUGGGCUGCGCUCCCUGCUGGAUCUCACCAGAUGUAGGGCCGCUUUGCGAAGGUGAAUGGCAGAACCCUGGCAAUGGACACACAGUGGGGGCAGCCGACGUGACCCCGUGCAGUUUGCCUUAAACUUUGAGGGGAGACUUCAGGUACCACCUAUCCGAUUCCUGAAAGACCGAUUUGACAUGACCCAGACUUUUUGACCCCCUUUAAAACGAAUCGAAUAUAAUUCAGAAAGAUUUAUAAAAAGGCUCUUAAUUUUGUUAUGUUCUCAUGUUUUAUUUGAGUUUUUUUAAGCGCUAACAUAUUUUAAUGAAGAAGUUACCAGGAAGGAUCCUUUAUAUGGGCAGGGCAUUGUUUCAUGAAAGCACAGCCUUGAGUGGAGGGGUGUACCUCGGCUCAGUCUAUGGUGCACUCACAUCGAAUACAGAUCAGUAUUACAGUAACACUGGAGAGUGGUUGCUACAAGCUAAUGUGCAGUUUACCAUUGAUUCACUUAACCAUGCUCAUGUAAUGGCUUUGUUUCGAAGCAGAUCCCCCCUCCACUGGUGAAAACAAAGCAAAAAUAAGUCAUGUAUGAAAUUUCAGUUAGAUGAUUAAAAAAAUGAGUACAGUUGACUGAAGGUACUUUUGUUGGGCUAAUCUAGCCUGUGCAGACCAUACACUAAGAUUGUAACUAUAAAAUAUUAAAAGCAUGCAGCUUGAAAACCGUCUAACGGAAUUACAUUUGCCACCAACUCCUUUGCGCAUGUUAAGAAUUGCACUAAUAGAUUAUGUACAUUUGAAUACCACUAUGAUUUAAAAAAAUAAAAUAAAAUCUUAAAAGAAUUGUUAAAAUGUCUUAAGCUUGGUCACGUAUACUGAAGCGUUAUAUGACCAGAGGAAUAUAGAUAUAGGUUUUAAAUGGCUUCAAAUAGAACAUUCAGUGAGCAAACUUGCCCUUAAACGCAUCACAUCAGUAUUAAUGAAUAUUCUUCAAACAAUGUUCAUAGUAAUUGACAUUUAUAUUGAUAAGAGAGGAAUUCAUUCUCAGGAGGACGCUUAUCGGGAUUGAAAGACUGAAAAACAGGGCACUACAGAGAACUCUCCUGUUCUUUGGUCCAGUAGAGACCAGCAUUUCUGGUCUCUACUGGACCAGAACUGCUACUGACUGAAGCCACUGAUGAAGAAUCUAGCUCUGGGCCUUUGUCUGUCUGUGGAUCGGACACAAUGGUUCAGACUGACCCCCAUCACUCCCAUUUGCCAAAGUGAACCUUCUACCAGUUUUUCAGAAAGGGCAGCCAGGCGCACUGCACAGAGAUGGCUUUGUGCUUAGCUGGGUGAAGGCGCAAAAGGAUAGUGAUGUUGGUCAUUCUUUCUGUUUUUCUCAGUAAGGGCUGCGAUUUGAGGCCUGGUUUGUCACGUUCCAUUAAAGUGACAGUGGAAGCCCUUCUUGGAGGGACGUGUUGCGUGGGCCAAUUGUGUUUGGUGACGAGGCAAUUUCAUUGCAGCUACGUUAAGACUGUGGAAGACUCGCUUGUUGUUUAUUUAAUUUUUUUUUCCUCUAAACUGCAGGACAUCUUUGUAGGAUGUGAAUCGUAUACCAUUAGGUCCACAACGACUAACACUGAUAUCUGAUAGAACAAUAGCUUUAUUCAGCGACAAGCCACUGUUUUGAGAUGUGUCUCCUUUAUUCUCCUCUUCAUCCCUGGAACCUGCACCACUCUCAGAGGGAAGUGCAGCUCCUAUAAAAAGAUACUGUUAUGAACUGGAGAGAGAUGUGUUUACUUGUCUGGUGUAACACUAGCUUUUAGCUCCUAACUGCAGUAAGUUGUUUGUAACAUCAAACUAAUUUUUUUUUUACAUAUUAUUUCUUAUGUAUCUUGUUUUUUUAAAAAAAGUAAUAAAAUGGAAAACUUUGA